AUGUUAAAUACAUCCUAAACUAAAAGUACGACUGAGUCUACAAAUUCAAUAGUUAUUGAUAAAAAAUACAGCAUAAUCAAAAAUAUUUACAAGGGGAAAUAAUAUAACAUUUAUUUAGGUAAUGAAAGUUGAAUUUAAAAGAUAGCUAGCCAUCAAUAUGGAAUAGUUAGAGGAUUAUAAUUAAAUGGAUUAGAAAGACAAGUUCUAUCUAAUAAAGAUGAAAAAGUAAGAAGAAUACCUUUAUGAUUUAAAGAUAAGCUUAAUAAAAUGAGAUAAUUCCAGAACUGUAAUUUUUAUAAAGACUGAAAAAUGGUAUAAAUUUAUAUAAUAAUGAUAGGCAACUGUGUUCCAAUUUUAGUUAACUAUGGAGAAUAGAUUAUAAAUGGUUAAAAAUACCAUUUUUAAAUUCUGAAAAGACAUGGUCCUUCUAUAAAACUAAUAUAUAAUUAUCUGUCAAAAAAUCUUCCUCUUCCAAUAAUAUGUCUUAUAGCAAUAUAAACUGUAUAAUAGAUCUUAGAUUAUAGUUAACAUGUUUAGAAACUAUUCAUAAACACUAAAUAGUUCAUCGAAACAUCAGACCUAAGAAACUAUUGCUUUCAACCAGUGGUAAUGAAAUUUUAUUAAGUGAUUUUAAAUUUGCAAGUAAAUUUAAGUAAUAACAUGGAUCAAUCUGUUAUAUGGAUAACCAUAAAUCAUUAUCAAAUAAAUAGUUCCUCAAUAAAUACUCAAGUGUUAGUCAACACCUUCAUUAAUGUAAAGAUACAAAUUAAUAAAUUAGUUCCAACACCAAAAGAUGAUCUCGAAUCACUUGCUUAUAUUUUGCUUGUUUAUGUAACAAAAUCAAAGAUCUUUAAAAUACAAGCAGAUAAUAAAGGAUUGAAACUAAAGAAAUUGGAAAACAUAAAAUUAUCAAUAAUUCCUGAAAUUACAUUUAAAUCUGCUCCUAUUGAAUUUAUACAUUUUUUAAAUUUAGUUAAGAUUAGCAAUGCAAAUGAUUUUCCUUAGGAAUAUGAGAAAUUUAAAUAAUUAUUUCGUAGAUUGAUUUAAGCAAGUGGAUAUAAUGAAAAAGAUUUAUCAUACCCUUUAUUUCAUAUAUAAUAUCAAGAAUCUCAUCCCUAAUAAUAAUAACACUAAACUUAAUCUAGUAGAUUUAAGAAAACUUUCAAUCACAAAUAAAGUUCUGAAUUUAUUCAAGAAGAAUCAGAUGAUGAGGAGGUGUCAAUAUAACAAAUUGAUAUAAUAGGAGAUGAUCGUACUAUUGAACAUGCAAUAAGAUCUGUUAAACCUUAAUCAUACAAAAAAUUAUCUACUCUUAAUUAACAAAAACCUGGAUCAUAAAUAAUGAAACUUAAAUUCACUAAAAAAUGA